AUGGAAUCUUCAAGAAGGUUAUCUUCAUUAGUUGAAGUUUUUUUUUAUUAUUUACAGGAUUCUGUUUUUACUUUCAUUUUCAUCUUUUGCUGCCAACUUUGUUUUUUGUUGGUUUAUUGCUUAUCUAAUUUUUUUCUUCUAUUUCGCUCUGUUUGUCUCUUGUUUCAUACUCUUUCUCUGCCUUUUCCUUGCUUUCUCUCUCUUUCUCUGCCUUUUGUUGUUUUCUCUCUCUUUCUCUGCCUUUUGUUGUUUUCUCUCUCUUUCUCUGCCUUUUGUUGCUUUCUCUCUCUUUCUCUGCCUUUUGUUGCUUUCUCUCUCUUUCUCUGCCUUUUGUUGUUUUCUCUCUCUUUCUCUCUCUCUCUCUCUGCCUUUUGUUGCUUUCUCUCUCUUUCUCUCUCUUUCUCUGCCUUUUGUUGCUUUCUCUCUCUUUCUCUGCCUUUUGUUGCUUUCUCUCUCUUUCUCUGCCUUUUGUUGCUUUCUCUCUCUUUCUCUGCCUUUUGUUGCUUUCUCUCUCUUUCUCUGCCUUUUUUGUUGCUUUCUCUCUCUUUCUCUGCCUUUUGUUGCUUUCUCUCUCUUUCUCUGCCUUUUGUUGCUUUCUCUCUCUUUCUCUGCCUUUUGUUGCUUUCUCUCUCUUUCUCUGCCUUUUGUUGCUUUCUCUCUCUUUCUCUGCCUUUUGUUGCUUUCUCUCUCUUUCUCUCUGCCUUUUGUUGUUUUCUCUCUCUUUCUCUCUCUCUCUCUGCCUUUUGUUGCUUUCCCUUUCUUUCUCUGCAUUUUGUUGUUUUCUCUCUCUUUCUUUCUCUCUGCCUUUUGUUGCUUUCCCUUUCUUUCUCUACCUUUUGUUGUUUUCUCUCUCUUUCUCUCUCUCUGCCUUUUGUUGCUUUCCCUUUCUUUCUCUGCAUUUUGUUGUUUUCUCUCUCUUUCUCUGCCAAUUGUUGUUUUCUCUCUCUUUCACUGCCUUUUGUUGCUUUCUCUCUUUCUCUCUCUUUCUCUGCCUUUUGUUGUUUUCUCUCUCUUUCUCUGCCUUUUUGUUGCUUUCUCUCUCUUUCUCUGCCUUUUUUGUUGCUUUCUCUCUCUUUCUCUGCCUUUUGUUGCUUUCUCUCUCUUUCUCUGCCUUUUGUUGCUUUCUCUCUCUUUCUCUGCCAAUUGUUGCUUUCUCUCUCUUUCACUGCCUUUUGUUGCUUUCUCUCUCUUUCUCUGCCUUUUGUUGUUUUCUCUCUCUUUCACUGCCUUUUGUUGCUUUCUCUCUCUUUCUCUGCCUUUUGUUGCUUUCUCUCUCUUUCUCUGCCUUUUGUUGCUUUCUCUCUCUUUCUCUGCCUUUUGUUGCUUUCUCUCUCUUUCUCUGCCAAUUUUGUUUCUCUCUUUUCACUGCCUUUUGUUGCUUUCUCUCUUUUCUCUGCCUUUUGUUGUUUUCUCUCUUUUCCUGCCUUUUGUUGUUUUCUCUCUCUUUCUCUGCCUUUUGUUGUUUUCUCUCUCUUUCACUGCCUUUUGUUGCUUUCUCUCUCUGUUUCUUUCAUGUUUUCUCACUUUAACUUUUUGUAUCUCUUUUGCUGUUUUACAUUCUUUCUAAUUCUCUCUUGUUUUCACAUUUUCAUUCUCUCUUGUUCAUCACUCUUUGUCUUGUUGCUUUCACUUUCACUCUCUUGUUGCGUUCACUUUCUCUCUCUUGUUGUUUUCACUUUUUCUCUCUUGUUGUUUUCACUUUCUCUCUCUUGUUGUUUUCACUUUCUCUCUCUUGUUGUUUUCACUUUCUCUCUCUUGUUGUUUUCACUUUCUCUCUCUUGUUUUUCCAAACUUUCACUCUCUCUCUCUUGUUUUUCCAAACUUUCACUCUCUCUCUCUUGUUUUUCCAAACUUUCACUCUCUCUCUCUCCCUCUUGUUUUUCCAAACUUUCACUCUCUCUCUCUCCCUUUUGUUUUUCCAAACUUUCACUCUCUCUCCCUCUUGUUUUUCCAAAUAUUCACUCUCUCUCUCUUGUUUUUCCAAAUAUUCACUCUCUCUCUCUUGUUUUUCCAAAUAUUCACUCUCUCUCUCUUGUUUUUCUAAACUUUCACUCUCUCUCUCUUGUUUUUCCAAACAUUCACUCUCUCUCUCUCGUUUUUCCAAACUUUCACUCUCUCUCUCGUUUUUCCAAACUUUCACUUUCUCUCUCUCUCGUUUUUCCAAACUUUCACUCUCUCUCUCUCUCUUGUUUUUCCAAACUUUCACUCUCUCUCUCUCUUGUUUUUCCAAACUUUCACUCUCUCUCUCUCUUGUUUUUCCAAACUUUCACUCUCUCUCUCUCUUGUUUUUCCAAACUUUCACUCUCUCUCUUGUUUUUCCAAACUUUCCUCUCUCUCUCUUUUUUCCCUCUCUCUCUCCCCUCUUGUUUUUCCAAACUUUCCUCUCUCUCUCUCCUUUUGUUUUCCAAACUUUCACUCUCUCUCCCUCUUGUUUUUCCAAAUAUUCACUCUCUCUCUCUCUCUUUGUUUUUCCAAAUAUUCCUCUCUCUCUCUUGUUUUUCUAAACUUUCCUCUCUCUCUCUGUUUUUCCAAACUUUCCUCUCUCUCUCUUGUUUUCCAAACUUUCCUCUCUCUCUCUCUUUUUUUCCAAACUUUCCUCUCUCUCUCUCUUUUUUUCCAAACUUUCACUCUCUCUCUCUCUUUUUUUUUCAAACUUUCCUCUCUCUCUCUCUCUUGUUUUCCAAACUUUCACUCUCUCUCUCUCUUGUUUUCCAAACUUUCCUCUCUCUCUCUCUUGUUUUUCCAAACUUUCACUCUCUCUCUCUCUUUUUUUCCAAACUUUCACUCUCUCUCUCUUGUUUUUCCAAACUUUCCUCUCUCUCUCUCUCUUGUUUUUCCAAACUUUCACUCUCUCUCACUCUCUCUCUUGUUUUUCCAAACUUUCACUCUCUCUCUCUUGUUUUUCCAAACUUUUACUCUCUCUCUCUCUCUCUCUCUCUCUUGUUUUCUAAACUUUCACUCGCUCUCUCUCUCUCUCUCUUGUUUUUCCAAACUUUCACUCUCGCUCUUUCUCUUGUUUUUCUAAAUAUUCACUCUCUCUCUCUCUUGUUUUUCUAA